AUGGCAGCGAACUUUGCCCCCUACCAGGACAUCCCCGAGUCCUCCCGUGCCUUCUCGCCACCACCCCAAGGCGUCUCGUCACCCCGUAUAGCCUCCCCACGUACAUCUCUCGAACGCACGAGAAACCUCGGCAGCUCCACUCUCACCUCACCACCCAGCCGCGCAUACGAGCAGCAUGACUAUUUCCAAGGCCAGCCACACCAAGAGGCCGCUUCACCCGAAGUCGAACGCGUAGCAUGGAACGCCGUCCCCUCUACCUCGCGAUCCGGCUUCGGCAGGCCAAGAGAAGAUGUCGACAUGUUCACUACGAGCUUGGGCUGGAGAUUGGACUACGAAGCUUGUCUGGCUUACCUACUUCUCCCGCCGGCGGGUGGCGUACUCCUGUUGGUGCUGGAGCAUCAGAGUGAUUACGUGCGGUUCCAUGCGUGGCAGAGCAGUCUGCUGUUUGCGUUCGCCUUCGUCAUACAUAUCAUAUUCAGCUGGUCGAGCUUCAUAAGCUGGGUGCUGUUUGUGGGGGAUAUUGUAGGGAUUGGCUGGCUGACUUGGAGGGCAUAUCUCGAUGCUGCGACGCUCGACCGAUACGAAGUUCCCUUCUUUGGCCCGCUGGCGAGCUCGAUAUUGGACGAUGAGUAA